AUGGGGGCUGACGCCGCUGGCGGCGCAGAUGGUGGCGGCGGCGGAAGCGGCGGCGGCGGAAACGGCAGCGUCAGAAGCGCAGGCGGCUUCGGAGGCGGAAGCAGUGACGCCGCAGACAGUGGCUUCGAGGUCACCAAGGGGCAUCGCUGCACAAGCGGCUUCGGCUCCGAAGGCCUCCGGGGCUCAAGCGGUGGCGGCAGCGGCAUAAGCGUUGGCGUCGGCGGGGAUAGCAGUGGCAGCGGCUUCAGCGGCGGCACAAGUGGCGUCGGUGGCGGCGCAGGCGAUUUCAGCGGUGGAACCAGCAACGCCUCCGACGACGGCGUCAAGGGUGCAAGCGGCCUCGGCCAGCGACGUUGCAGACUGCGGCUUCGGCCGCGCAAGCGGCGGUGCAGACGGUGCUGGCUUCGACGGAACAAGCGGCAUCGGCGGCGGCGCAGGCAGUGUUGGCGGCCGAAGGGGCGGCGACACAGACGACGGUGCUGGCGGUGCAAGCAGCACUGGCGCAGACAGCUGGGCUGCACCAGCGGCGACCGCUUGGGCGUCCAAGGCUCAAGCGGCAGCGGCGGCGGCGGUAGCAGCGGUGGAGCACAUAGCGGCAUCAGCGCAGACUGCGUCGGCUGCACAAGCAGUGUUGGCGACUCAAGUGGCGGCUGUGGCGCAGAUGGCAGCAACGCAGAUGGAAGCGGCGGAGCGGCGGCUGGGGCUGUGCAAGCGGCCGCAGCGGGAGCUCGAGGGCCAGCAACUGAGGAAGGGCAGAGUUAUGGACAUGGGCAUGGACACUCCCGGUUCAGUGAAGGAAAUGAGCACCAGGCCAAACAGCAGCUGGUCCUUUCCUUGCCUGAUCCUUUCUGUCUUGGCCCUCAUGGGAUUGAAGUUCUGUGGAAGCUUCUCAUUUUAACUGCCUUCUUGGGAACUUGUGCCUUUCUCAUAUACCUCUGGAGAACCAUCCUCGCUAUAAAGCCUCGACAAUACGAAGUUACUUUAGACCAAAUCAAGAUGAAGAUUAAUAACCUUAAAAACGAAAACAGGGAUCUUGAAAAAAACAUAGCGAGUUGGGAGGAGAAGGCCAGGGAAGCAAAGAAGCAAGCAGAAACGAAGAGAGAACAUAAGCGUUCCCUUGCUGGAGUACGUAAAUUAAAAGCCCAAGAUGCACUGGCGGAUCAAGAGUUGAGAGCCUUGACAUCAAAAAACCAAGAACUGAAAGAAAGGAAAACAUUCCUGGAAGACCAGUGUAAUGCCCUGAGUUCUAAAGAAGCAGAAUUGAACCUGCUAAAGAAAAAAUUGGAUAUGGUGGUGGAGUUCUCUGAAAACCGAAAACUGACUGCAGAAGAGAAGCUAGAAGAGAAACUGUAUGAAUUGAAUGCAACUAAGAAUGAGCUGUUAGCUGCCGAUAAAUAUCUGAAAGUAACUGAAGAAGAAAUGGAGAAGUACAGACAAGAAGUGGAAGAAAUGCGGGAAGAGCUGCAGGAGUCUAACCUCACCUUCAACCACAAGAUCGCAGUUCAAGAGAGGAACGCUCUGGCUAACUGGAUGAAGGCUCGGUAUUGGGAAACAAGGAUGAUGCAGCAGAGCAGGGAGAACGCCUACCUGAAAUACAGACUGCGCAUGAUGCAAAGGGAGAUGCUGCCUGUGGGAUCCGUGAGGUGGGAACUGAUGCCGGGAAGGCCUGAGUCGCAGAAGCCUGUGUGGCAAGCAUCUAGAGUGGUUCCCAGGAUGAACAGCAGCACUAGCCCUCAAAGCGACCCAGAGAUGCAUACGGUUGCUAGAGGUGUGAGAGAGUUCCCUCAUUGCCCAGGGCUCCUCCGUAUGCCCUACCACAUGGGGUGGAAUGUACCAGACUUCCCUCCUCCUCAUCCACCUCCACAGUGGUGGACAUGGGGGCCUCGGCCACACUUUGUUCCUCCACCACAAGGGUAAUCAUUUUGUAAUCUGAAGACUUCCUUGACCUCCAACAACCAGGCUCCAAUGAGUUUAUAUCUAGUCAAGAUAUGAAUGUUUCUGCCUGGUGGUCUGAAUGCUUUCCCUGCCCAUCCUGUACCCUGUGCUUUGUCUCUCCUGGUAUCUCCCCAAUAAACUGUUCAUGGUUC